AUGUCAGGUCGCGGUAAAGGUGAAAAGGGUCUCGAAAAGGGAGGCGCUAAACGCCACAGGAAGGUCCUCCGUGACAAUAUUCAGGGCAUCACGAAACCAGCCAUUCGUCGCCUGGCUCGUCGUGGCGGCGUGAAACGCAUCUCGGGUCUCAUCUACGAGGAGGCCCGUGGUGUGUUGAAGGCGUUUCUCGAGAACGUGAUUCGCGAUGCGGUCACGUACACGGAACACGCGAAACGCAAGACCGUGACUGCUAUGGAUGUGGUCUAU